AUGGCCCUCCCAAAUAUCACCUCGACCUCGACAAACUUGGCUGUUCUUAUCUGGUUGAAGAGAUUCGCGCAGAGCCACCACUGUUACAUGUUUUCGGACACAUCCACGCAGGGCACGGCUCAGAGGACCAUGGCUGGGCUUGGGGAAGAUGGUGGUUUCUCUACUCGGUGGCCAUCGAGGUGGUUCAAAGAGGAGGACCGUUCUAGUGAAUGCCGCGAUGGUCGGCGGGAUCAAGGAAGACAUACAACGGGAAGCAUUGAUCGUCACCAUCUAGGACUCAAGAGAGAGGAAGGAAUCAGAAGCUGCGUUACCAUUCCGCAGGAUGAUGGCGGUCCAGGUCCAGCUCAAUGUGCCUUAUUACUAUCUCUAAGUGGCGAAGAUAUGACUCUCUAA